CAACUUGUUGCGAAAACUUUUUUUAAAAAUUGAAAGUGAAAUAAAAUAAAAAUAAAAACAAGAAAAAAGUGAAACUUUUAAAAAAAUAAGAAAAUAAUCAUGAAGUUUAUUACAUUUCCGUGGCUGUUGCUACUUAUUAAUGAACUCACGGCGAAUCCGGCAAGUUAUAACAACAGAUAUUCUCCAGUUCGCUCUAGAAAGGUAGAACCAUCUUUAACUAAAACAUUCAUGGAAGACUAUCCUAGCUACCCAAAAUCCUUAAUAAAAAAUUUAAAUUUGGACAAAUUUGAGCUUUUCUUUGGUAAUGAAUAUGAGGAGACAUUAGGACUUAGAUUUGAUUCUGAUGAACAAGGCUUGUGCACGAGUAAAAGAAGGACAAUAUUUCCAAAAUUAGGCAAGACUCCAAAUGGAUCUUGGUUGCCAAUCAUUAAUAACGAUGAUGACAAAUAUCGACAAGGAAUUGUGAUUGAGGAGUGCGAGGACGAAACUCAACCAUGCAUGUUCCAUCAUCAUUUCCCACUCAGCGUUCAGACAAGAUGCAAACAAUCUUACGCAUAUAGGCAGUUAAUUGCCAUAGAUAUUAAUACAAAUCAACCAAUUAGAGAAAACUUUCAAUUUCCAUCAUGCUGUAAAUGUAUGUAUACGUCUGGUCAUCGAUCAAGUCAGAAUAGGUUUGGAGGUGGAUCUGAAAAAGACACAACGAAAAAGACAAAUGUCAAUAUGUCAGAAGCUAUUAUAUUUCCUGGAAACUUUAAUUAGUUGAUUUUGAGGCUAGUUUUGAAGAAUUUAAGAUUUUAGAGUGCAAUGAGCUUUAUGGGAUGAUUUUUGUGGAUUUAAAUGGUGAUUUUAAAGUAAGGUCGUUUGUUUAUGACGAUAAAAAAGGUUCUUAGAGCAGCCUUUUAAUCUCAGAACUUUUCUUAGGCCUCAUAAGUGAACUUUAGAAGUUAAAUCCAGUGUAAUCAUCUCUAUUAAUCUCUCAGGUUUGUUCAUUUGUGAUGGUUGAUAUUUUUGGCGGGAACGAGACUUUAAAGACUCUUCAAAUCUUCCAUCCUAAAGAAAUAUUAGACACCACAUCUGAACAACCUACAAAAAAUUAAAAUUUAUGCUGUA